GAAGAGAAAAUCGACUGGACUCGCUCCUUCCACGGCCUCAGCGCUGCCCCCUUCCCCAAAGAAGCCGCCGAUAUCCUCCUCGCCGAGACAGACCCCGAAGAAGUCGAGAUCAAGCCCGAUGGGAUCCUCUACCUGCCCGAGAUUAAGUACCGGAGGAUUCUGAAUAAGGCGUUUGGACCAGGCGCGUGGGGGCUGGUGCCGAGAAGUGAGAGUAUCGUUACACCCAAGACGGUUACGAGGGAGUAUGCGCUCGUUUGCCAUGGACGACUUGUCUCGGUAGCCCGCGGUGAACAAGAUUAUUUCUCGCCCGACGGUAUCCCCACCGCAACGGAGGGAUGUCGAUCCAAUGCCCUGGUGCGCUGCUGUAAGGAUCUCGGCAUCGCCAGUGAACUGUGGGAUCCACGAUGGAUUCGCAAGUUCAGGGCCCAGUAUACCCGCGAGGCAUUUGUGGAACAUGUCGUGAACAAGCGCAAGACGAAGAUUUGGGUGAGAAAGGAUGAUCAGGUGUCUUAUCCCUGG